UUGUCGUUUGAAACUAUGACUUCUUUAAAAGGACUGGCAGUUUGGACGUUAUGUGCCGUUAUGUGUGCAUCUCAACCGGUGGACCACCUGCCGGUGCUGAAAGAGGCACCUGACAGCGUCACCUUUAAGGUCUCUGACAAGCCCUCGCCAUUGAUUCUGAGCUGUGUCGUCGAGAACGCCAAGAACAUCAAAUACAUAUGGAAAAAGGAUGGAGACAUCUUUGAAUGGAAAUCAAGAUCCGACAUUGCCCAAAAACCAGACGAAGGUACGAUCAUUAUCCAGAAGCCAAGGGACGAGGACGCCGGACAGUAUCAAUGUUUCGCCGAAUCAAACUUUGGAGUCGCUACCACUGGAGUGAUCAAAGUAGAAAAGCUAUUUAUAGACACACCAAAAGUAAUUCCAUUGAAACACAAACCCGUCAAAGGAAAGCCUUUCAAACUGGACUGCGCCGUGCCCAACGCCUACCCAGAGCCUGAAGUGCAGUGGGUUUUGCAAUCGGCCAAUGAUCCAAGUAAUUCCAAAGUUAUCAUAGAGAUCGAGUACCAUAUUACGCAAUCACCGGACGGUAACCUCUGGUUUGCCAACGUCACUGAAAAAGAUGUCCAUACCGAUAUGAAAUACGUGUGUCAAGCCUUGACCCCGGCUGCGGACGGACCGGUGGUACUUGCAGAGCAUUAUAUAGAAGAUCUUGUUGAAAAUAAAGAAGAGAACACCGGCGAACUGGUGGCGCAGUACUUAAGUAAAGAUAUGACGGUGCAAGUCGGUAAGGUUACGAUGAUUUACUGCAUAUACGGUGGAACCCCACUUGCCUAUCCGGGCUGGAGAAAGAACGGGCAGACAAUCAAGGAUGAGCCCCAAGACCGCGUAACGAAGUACAACGGAACUGGAGGCAAACGUCUGCUCAUCAAGGACACCUGGCUGGUGGAUGAAGGGAACUACACCUGCUUCGCUGAUAAUGAAGUUGACAAAGUCAAGGAACAUACUGUGCACUUGACUGUAGUCAGUGCUCCUGUGUUCAGCAAACGUCCACAAAUGAAAAUAACAGCGAAACAAGGUGAAGAGGUUACAAUCAACUGCCAAAUCCUUGGUGUUCCAGCGCCAGAAGCCACUUGGACUUACAACGCAAAACCUUUGCCUCGGACAGAUAGAAUAAGUGUAAAACAAUCGUCGGUAGGAAAUAGUACAGUUGCUGAUUUGACCAUUAACAACUUGGAGGGCAAUGACGCGGGGUAUUACGGAUGUAAAGGAUACAACGGAAAUGGAAAGGUUUACGCUGAAACUUUGUUGUAUGUCUCUUAA